AUGAGGAUACUAUUGACUGUUGAGUUGUACUACAUGAGGAUACUAUUGACCGUUAAGAAGGGCUGCAUGAGAUAUAGAUGCAUAAAAACGAUUAAUGGACAUACCUAUGACACGUUCCAGGAAGCACGCUCUGCUUUAGGAUUACUUGAUGGCGACAGAGAGUUUAUAGAUGGUAUCACGGAAAAUGGUGAGUUAGGUUCGGGCCAUCAAUUGCGUUGGUUGUUUGUGCAUCUCUUAACCACUAGGACAAUGACGAGCCCUGAUAUAGUAUGGGAUGCGGCAUGGCAGUUACUGUCCGAUGAUAUCUUAUUUGAACGUAGGAAGCGUCUGAAUAUUCUAGGAAAACGGACGUCGCUUACUGACUUCAAAUCUAUGCUCAGGCCAAACGCAGCAGACAUGCCAACUUUAACAAACAAGCUUAUCAUUGAUGAGCUAAAUUACAACAAAGUUGAACUGGAAAAGACACACGCUGAUAUGUUACUGAUGCUGACUGAUGAACAAAGAUGUGUGCAUGACAAGAUCAUGGAGUCUGUUGGUUCUGAUGACAGUGGUUUCUUUUUCUUAUAUGGUUACGGUGGUACUGGAAAAACCUUUAUAUGGAAAAGAUUGUCGGCUGCUGUUAGAUCGAAGGGGUUAAUUGUAUUGAAUGUUGUAUCCGAUGGUAUAGCGGCUUUUCUAUUACCAGGUGGAAGAACCGCGCACUCCACGCCGACAGUCCCUAUUGAGAUUAAUGAGGCGUCAUCGCUUACGAUGGAAAAGGAUAGUCCUAGGGCAAACCUGAUGCGUGCUGCAAAGUUGAUAAUUUGGGAUGAGGCUCCAAUGAUGCACCGAUGGUGUUUUGAGGCAGUUGACCGAUCAUUGCGUGAUAUCAUGUCCAAGAAUGAUCCCCUAAACGCGCUUAAACCUUUUGGUGGAAUGACAGUAGUUUUAGGUGGUGAUUUUAGGCAGAUAUUGCAUGUUGUCCGAGGAGGAACAAGGCCGGAUAUUGUUGAUGCCUCGGUCAAUUCAUCAAAGAUAUGGGCUUAUUGUAAUGUGUUGAGGCUUACCGUUAAUAUGAGAUUGGGUGCAUCUUCGGUACAUGCAGAGCAGGUAGAAAUUGCUAAUUUUGGCAAGUGGAUACUCUCAAUUGGAGACGGCAACGAUGCUUCGGAUGACAAUGGUGAAAUAAAGGUAGAAACUCCUGAAGAUUUGCUGAUAUCGGACCCAACAAAUCCGUUGAUGUCACUUAUAGACUUUGUGUAUCCCGAUCUGAAUGAUAACCUUGGUGACCAACUAUUUUUCCAAGAAAGGGGAAUACUCGCACCAACGCUUGAUUCAGCUGAGCAUGUUAACGAAUUUAUGAUGUCGCUGAUUCCAAGUGAAGAGAAAGAGUAUUUAAGCUCUGAUUCUAUUUGUAGAUCGGGUGAAAAUUAUGAUGUCCAAAGCGAGUGGUUCACACUGGAAUUUCUUAAUGGUAUUAAGAGCUCUGGAAUUCCAAAUCACAGGUUGAAACUAAAGGUGGGAUGUCCAGUUAUGCUGAUGAGAAACAUCGAUCAGGCUAAUGGACUGUGUAAUGGUACUAGGCUGACAGUUACACAUCUAGGGAAGAGCACGAUAGUUGCUACCGUAAUUACAGGAAAAAGGGCAGAUACUAGGAAAGUUUUGGAUGUACUGAACACAGACAUUGUGAAAUAG